AUGAUGUGGCGCAGUUUAAGUCUGUUUCUACUCGGACUUCUGCUGUCAACAGCCGAUAUUGUGGCAGCGGAGUUCGACGGCUCGAAUAAUCCCAACCAACAUAUUGCCCCCAACACCAAACCCGUGGACCAGAGUGAAGAAGCUGUCGUAUAUGGCGCGGCGGCGGCGGACGCGGAGUUCGGCGGUGGUGGUACGGAAGAAAAGAAAGACAAUUUGCGCGACGCCGUUGAACCGUCCGGCACUCCCCGCCUCGUAGGACACAAUGGCGCCAAACCGGUACCUGGUGAGGCAACGGACGUCGAGGAGGGGAAUAGCGAAGACACUCCAGAGCCAGAGGCAAGCAAUGGAGGCACCGCGGAGCCAGAGGCGAACGACAAAAACACUCCAGAGCCAGAGGCAGGCAAUGGAGGCACCGCGGAGCCAGAGGCGAGCGACAAAAACACCCCAGAGCCAGAGGCAAGCAAUGGAGGCACCACGGAGCCAGAGGCGAACGACAAAAACACUCCAGAGCCAGAGGCAAGCAAUGGAGGCACCGCGGAGCCAGAGGCGAGCGACAAAAACACCCCAGAGCCAGAGGCAAGCAAUGGAGGCACCACGGAGCCNAAUGGAGGCACCGCGGAGCCAGAGGCGAGCGACAAAAACACCCCAGAGCCAGAGGCAAGCAAUGGAGGCACCACGGAGCCAGAGGCUACCAACGAAAAUACUCCCGAUCCGGAUGAGAAAGAUGGAGACACUCCCAAGCCUGAUGGAAAGGAGACAAAUACCCCUGUCCCAGAGACAAGCACGGUGACUUCUGCUGAGAACAAACCUUUGAUUGAAGAGAGUGGUUACUUAACUAUUGUAAGCGUGGUGUUGCUUGCCCUGUGCGUGAUGAUUGGUUUCAUUUUUUACUUUGGUGCUCGUGCAUUCCGGAACAAGUGGUUGUUCGGCCGUGGCUGGUCUCGUGUCUGGCCACCCGACGCCGGCCAAUACGGCAAGGGCGGAUCGACGGAGAUGGGGCAGGUGGCUGCGGUGGGCACGGCGCCGCUGGUGAAACGGUCAACGCCCUCAUCGUCUANCGGAUCGACGGAGAUGGGGCAGGUGGCUGCGGUGGGCACGGCGCCGCUGGUGAAACGGUCAACGCCCUCAUCGUCUACGAAUGUGGAUGGCGCAUCGUUGCUGCGGCGGCGGUCGGAGGGGUGGAGCUGGUCUGAUGAUGAAUGA